GGUACUGAUUGCAAGAUGUUGGCAGGCCUGCAAGAAGCUCACGAGGAGCUCCAAGCUAUGAUCCUGAGUCGAGGGGUGGAGGAGGGACGUAACCUGUUGUCUUCGGCCAAUGAGUCCCACAGUCUUGCAGCUGAGCUGGAUGACAUGUCACAUGAUGACCCCGAGCAAGACAUAGCAGGCGAUCUGAAGAUUCGGUCUGCCUACAAGGAGUCUCAGGAAGUGAUCUCACACCUGCGCACAUACAUUGACGGCAUUCUCCUUCUCAUCGUGGAGAACUGCCCCAGACUUCUAGAGGUGAAGCCGGCCGACCCCGCUCCUUGAUUGACGCAGACCCCUGGGCUCCGCGUGCGCGGACAUGUCUCCCCUGUGCAGUUCCUCAACACACUCCACGCCACACAUGUAGUCUUGUGCCAGUUCCUACUGCAGGGUCAUUUGUGGCCGGACUGUUUCGAUUAUGGUUGGGAAGAGUCUCCAUUGAUGUCCCGAUAUUAACUUCAAAUUGAUAAAUCAUUCUCAUAUGCCUUGCUGCACGAGAGAACUCAAAAUUUGCUCUGAUAGUGGUAUUUUAUUGUUUAAAAAGUCUGCAAAAUUCAUAAAUAAAACUACCUAAUUUCAAUUUUUCUCUAAAAUAUUUAUUUAUUUGAAAAGGUUGAUCUUCCCUUAUUGAACACCCUUAUUAGAGAAAAAUUUGUUUGUAUUGGAAAGAAAAAUACAAAAACAGUUGCAUUUUUGGAUUUUUCACAAAUAAAACUUGAAGCUUUUUUUCUUUACAGUACAAAUGAAUGAAAUAGUAUUACUUUAAGAGUUACAAUUUUCAAAAUUUGUCUUAAGCGAGGAUUAGCCUUUUUGAAAAAUUAAAUAGCAAAGUAAAAAAGUGCUUGAUCCUUUUUUUGUGUUAUAGUCAUAUAAAAAAUUUUUUUAAAUCUGUUACAGUAAUUUUACGGCUUAAAACAUUAAAUACUUAAACCAUAUUUUCUUACUACUAUAAUAAGGUGUUAUGUUUAUAAUAUUUAAAGACGUGUUUUUUACUUUUCCCACAAAAAAAAGAAGAUCUAUCCCGAAACUGUCCUGCCAAAGCGGUCAAGUGCCAAAAGCUUUGUAAAUAAAGAAAACCCGCAGUCUGCAACCAAAGCCAUAUCAAUCUCCGCGCUUUGGAUGGAAACCGUUGCCUUCUAUUGUGAUUCGUUUGUGUUGCUAGGGUCAUUGUUGUAGCUGUUAGUUUAUGUGCUAUCAUAUUUUAUCAGAGGUUUAUCUACAAGGAGAUUUAUAUACUUUUGGGAAACUGUUGUGACUGAUUUUCUCCCAGGAUGGACAAAGCGGCUGUGAACUCUGUACAGUUUAAGUGCCAGACUAAAGGUAACCUUAUACGAGUCAGUGUUCAUGUGGAGAAUGCAUUGAUAGUGAACCUUUGAAAAAGUUAUAUUGUGAAAGAGACUUAUGACAAAAUUAUGAAAUCUUACUUGACAAAUAGGUUCAUUUGACUAAAUCUAAAACUAAAUGUUGAAAAAAGCCAAUGUUGUUUACAAAUCUUGUCCAAUUUAUUAAGCUAAUUGUGGGAGAUCAGAUAUUAUUUGCGUAAUUUCAUUAACUUGUUUUUUUUAAGCCAUUGUAUUUUGAAUUUUGAAAUUCUAACAUAUAAUUGGCAUUUGUAUUUGAUAUGGAUAUGUAGUAUGUAUUUUUAUCAAUUUUUUAAAAUUUUUUCAAAAGUGAGAUUGUUUAUAAAACUUGGCAUGACUGAAUGAAUAGGAAGUAUAAUUGAUUCUAGGCUACUAGGCACCUGAAUUUUAAUUAAAAUAACUUUUCCCAUUAACACUGACUUCUUUUUUGUUGUAUCUUAUAAGUUAUUUAGUAAAUAUAAUAAUUUUAUUUGUUUGUGUAAUUAAUUUUAAAUAUUUAUAAAACUACAGAAUUGAAAAUGUAUAAAUGUUAUUUAAAUUUUGUAAAUCAGUUAAUAUUUUUCAUUAAUAGUUAGUUACACUAUCAUAUAAAUAUAUUUCACAAUACAAUGAGUGAGGCAUAAAUACAAUUUGCAGUUAAACUUAUUACUUCACACAGAGAACAACUAAAACUGUUACUAUAUUUUUCCUAUGCUGCAUUGUUCUUUAUUGUGUAUUUUGAAAUGACUAAACUGUAUAACUGCAAUAUAUUUAGUGUAAAUUCAUAAAACUUGUAAAUAUUGCUUUGUAAAUGUUUUGCUAAAGGCCAUAAAUUUUAAUGUAUAUAUAUAUUUUUAAUUUAAGGAUUUUAUAGUGUUUAGUUGUAUUAUAAAAUAUUUAUGGCAUAAUUUGUGCUAUGAAUUUUAUGUUAUUUUGAAACAAUUGUUAUUCUGUACUUAUUUUAUACCAUCAUACAAAUUAAAAUGGAAAUUUAAAGUCAGUUAAAUACUGUACACAUUAACUCUAACUAUUGUUAUUUAUGUAUAUUUUGCACAAUGAAAUAAACUAAAAUUGGAAAAAUUGCAAAAUUUAA